UGCAGCCCAACCCCAGCCCAGAGGACACAAGGACAGAGAGAAACAACAGCCCAGCGCCAGUGGACAAGGCGAGACUACGGCAGCCCAGCACCAAGGACAGACCACAGCCCAAGAUCACAUCACCAAGGAAAGAGAGAGACGACAGCCACAGAACAGGACCAGAGCACCCAGGGACAGGGAGAGACUAGUUCCAGAGAUGGCCUCGGCCGGCCUGGAGAUCCUGGGUAUGAUCCUUUGUGUGUCAGGCUGGCUAGGGGUCAUGGUGGCCUGUGGCCUGCCAAUGUGGAGAGUAGCUGCCUACAUUGGCCAGAACAUUGUCAUCUCUCAAGUGAUCUGGGAGGGUCUGUGGAUGAACUGUUCUGUCCAGAGCACGGGCCAGAUGCACUGCAAGGUCCACGACUCCAUGCUUGGACUCCCUGUGGACCUACAGGCGGCCCGAGCCCUGGUCAUUGUCUCUAUGGUGCUGUGCAUCAUGGGCAUCGGCCUGUCUGUAGCCGGGGCCAAGUGCACCAACUGCAGCUCAGACACGGGAAGCAAGCCCCGCAUGGUGCUGGGGGCCGGGGUGACCUUCAUCGUGGCGGGGCUGUUGCUGCUGACGGCCGUAUCGUGGACGGCUAACAGCAUCGUCUUGGACUUCUACGACCCGAUGCUGGAGGAGACGGGAAAGAGGGAGUUUGGGAACUCACUGUAUUUUGGAUGGGCUGCCUCCUGUCUGCUUCUCCUAGGGGGAGCUCUGCUCUGCUGCUCCUGCCCUCCGAAAGCACCCCAGGGUGGGAGCGGGGCUGGGUCUGGACCCCACAGGGUGGUGAACUACUCUGCGGUCAAAUCCCCCAUGUCUGUCAAUGGAUAUAUGAGGAGGGACUAUGUGUGAGAGAGAGAGUGUUCAAUGGCUUUAGUAUAGAGACAGCCUCUUGAGACUGAUGGGACUGAUGGAAUAACUAAUGUUAGCGAGGCCCCUUUCCUGACUGCACGCUAUAUGGGUAGCGCAGAAUAAAUGCAGCCAUGUGGGAUAUUUGAUUCAGAUAUAUAGUAUGAACGAUUGCCGAUUAAUGCUAGAUUGUGUGUUACAUAUAUGAUUUCUGUAGAGUUGGAGACAUGCAUUUAUAGACGAGUCAAGUAAAUGUAGAUGGUAGGAUUAGAGACAUUUCUUAUUAAUGUUUUACCUGUUCUAAAAUAGUUUUUGUACUAAAUUUCACA